UGCAAAAACGAGAUAAAUUUUUUCCAGCGUUAAUAUUUAAUAAAAUUUAAGAAAUUGAAGCGAAAUUACGAAUACCAAUCGAUCUAUAAGUAAAUGUGAUCCAUGAGUUAAUUCUAGUUUUUGUGUUAUUUAAUCAAAUGAAAGAGAUAACGAAAAAAUUUUAAGGAAACGAAUAAAAUAAUUCUCCGAUUCGCAACAUAAAGAAAAAGAAAGACGAAAAAUAAGCUACGUCUAUUAUAUUUGCGAGAGCAGCGAAAGCAGUAUAUUAAGUCAACCACAGCCCCCACUGACCUGAAGGAAUAUGCAUACCAUCAGCAAACAAUGACGAAACAUCAGUCGCCAGCAGCAUGCAACAAUAACAUAACGUCAUCGUUUUGCAAGCGCAUUCCAUCCAAAGCAUUGUUAUAAACAACAAAAACAAAGAUAGAAGAAGGGUGGCUCAACGUAGUGUUGGGGUAGUGUACGACCUACGGUGUUUAUUUGCUGGUGGUGUCAUUUUUUAGCUCAAGUUUUUUUUUAUUGUUAUUAUUGUGGUGCUCGUAUUCCCUCCCAUCCUUCCGUCUGAAUUCCACGAUUGGAGGGAUAACUUAAGUCAAACACAUUGUCGUCGUCAUCAUUGUUAGAAGAAGAAGACGAUUCAACAUCUUCAGCAUCAUGUUGUUGCUUAGAUUUGUUGCCUUGGCCGACGUCUGGGGGUUUGUGGAUAUUUCUUUACAAUUUGCUUAUGGUUUUAGUAAGCAGCGAAUGGCAAAAUAAAAGUGAAGAUGAACAGAAAUCGUCCUCUGCCGUCGUUGGUGCCACAUCAGCUACUGGAACAGCAGGAACAACCGCCCCCAUCACCGCAGCAACAACAACAACUACGGCUGUUGCUAUUACAUCAACAAUAUCACCACCGGCAACAGCAACAAUUGUCAAUACUGAUACCAUUGUUGAGAGUAUAGCAUUGGAAUCGUCUUCGGCCAUCAAUACCAAUACGACAACAACAGCUGCUGGUACAGUAGGAGUAGGAGGUGGAACUGCUGCUGACGCACCCACACCAAUAUCAACGCCAAUAAUAAAAGCUGUAGCUGUAGCAGCAAACGAUAAAAACAACGAACAACAAAAUAAAGAUAAAAACUCCUUAAGAACAGCAGAAAAAAUUGCAUGCAAUAAUAACAAAAUUAGCGAUAAAAACGACAACGACGACGGCGGCGGCGGCAAAGGCAAAGGCGAAUGUAAGGAAACGUCCAGCAACAAUAUAACUAUUGAGGCGAGCAAUUUAAAAGAAGACGAUUUCUUGGCAUCCGUCUUAAAUUAUAGCAAUAUCAAAAUAAUGGCCGAGAAUACUAAGGAGACCGCUUUGAAAGAGGAGCAGAACGAACAGCAACAAGAAAAAGAAAAAACCACAAUAGCCGAAACCACAACAACCAUCACCAAUAGUACUGAGCAACUACAAGAAACUCUUUCAAAUAUCAUUAGCAGAGGAGGAGAUGUAAAUGACUCCUCCGUUAAGGAUUUGAAUGAGUCAAAUUCUACUCCGAAUUCAAAUACAAAUACCCUGCAGCCCUCGGUUACGGUGAAAACACAAAGUAUUCAGAACACCAAACCAACACAACCGAUCAGUUGUCCCUUCACAUCGCAGGAUUUAAGUAGUGCUCUAGAGUCGGCAUGGAAUGCCUCUACUAUUUCUUCAUCAGCUAAUAACACCACAAAUAGUUCAACGGCCGCAGCUGGUUUGCAGCCGAAUUUUCUUAGUCAAUUGUCGUUGACGGCAAAUGUAGCGGCGGGCCUGCAAAAGACUGCUGCUGGCAAACAACAGUUGAAUCCAUCCUUUGCAUCUCCCAAUGCCAUGUCAUCGUCAUUGUCAUCGCCCUCGUCGGUGGUGUCGCUGGUGGAUAAUCCAUCAUUAACCAAAAAUGAUAGCAAUCUCUUAGAGGCCUCUUCGAAUAAUAGCGCUGGCACCGCCACUAUAGUACCUACUUGCAUUGAGAACAACAACAAUGGCCAAGCAAAAAUCGUCUUAAUAUGCGAAGGCAACUCUCAUCCGUUUCAGGCCAGAACCAUUACCCUCACCCCAAAUGUCGAGUGCAUGGUUGGUCGUUUGAUUGCGAAGAGUAAGGCUGCCGAAAAUAAUGCUAUUUUCGAUUGUAAAGUAUUAUCGCGAAAGCAUGCCGUCAUCUGGUAUACGCCCGAUGGCAAAUUUUGGGUUAAAGAUACAAAAUCCUCCAACGGUACCUUCAUCAAUGACAAUAAACUGGGCGAUGAGGAAGCCGAAUUGCAUUUUGGUGAUAUUGUCAAGUUUGGCGUUGAUGUUGUGGAAAAUUCACGCAAAGAGGUGCACGGUUGUAUUAUAGCCUGCGUUAAACUAUACUUGCCCGAUGGCCGUGAGGCCAUCUCAAUUGAUUCGCCCGCCCAUCAUCGUAGUCCCUAUUCAGGCGAGGGUCGCAUUAGCUAUGACGAUUUGCAUCGUUUGAAUUUGUACAUUCAAGAGACGGCACAACGGGAGAAAGUUUUGGCCUCCAAACUGUGUAGCAUACAGAAUAUUUUGGAUGCCACACGCAAAAAUUCCGCCCUGUGUUGGCAAUCGAUGAUAACAGAAGAUCAACUGCUGCAUCGUAUACAUUCGCUGGAGAAGAAAUUGUCAUUAAUGGAGAAAAAUGUGCCUGAAAAUGUCUUAAGAAAUGAGGUUCUUAAACUUUUGGAUGAUAAAAAUUCAUAUCAACAUACAGCCAAAGAGGCCUUACGCAAAGUUUAUCAAGAACGUUGUGAUGCCAUGCAAAUGCUAGCCAAAAUGGAAUCUGCGUACACUCAAUCGGAUAAUGAGUGUGCAUUGUUGCGGGAUCAGAUAAUGAACUCCAAACAGACGUUACAAGACGUCAAUACGCGUCUUUUGCAUCUCGAAACUGAAUACAAUGAAUACCGAGAUGAAGUGACGCGUCAACAGCAGGAGGCUAAAGAACGCGAAGAACAGCGAAUUGUCGAAUUAACCGAAAAAUUGCGAGAGCGUGAACUAGAAUGUGAAGAGCUGAAGAAGAAAAUAUCCGAGUUAUUGAUAAAGCGAGCCGAUCUCUUGGAUGAUGAAGAGAAGAUAUUAGAAAAACAAGCUAUAGAAAAAUUGGAUGCCGCCAUAGCCGAUAUGGGUUUGGAUGAUUACGAUGACGACGACGAUGAUGAUGAUGACGAUGACGACGAUGAUGAUGAUGAGAAUGAGAAUGAUGAGAUCGUCGUCAAUAGAAAAAGCCAAUUAAUUGAUAGUGAGGCUAAGGAUGAUUUGGAUGCCUUAAGAUCGGGCAAAGGUUCUAAUAAUGAGUGUGGCAAUCCUUCUGCUGACACCAAGAAACAAACGAAUUUAGCUACGAAACCUCCACUUAGCUUGACUUCCAUAUUUGGUGAUAAUAUCAAUGGUAUAGAGAACGAAGACAAAAAGGAUAAAUCUCCUAAAAUGUCUAAAUCUAAAAAGGCUAAAAUGUUGGCCUCACUAGGCCAAGGCAAGUCAUCACCUCCCAAACGAGUCAAGGAGUCGACCAUUAUGAAAUGGCUACAAAAUUCCGAUUUAAAUAAAAAUGAAGGCUCCCUGGAUAUCUUCAAAGCCAUCUGUAAUGAGAACGAAGAGGAUGAGGCAGCAGAUUCUAGUGAGGACGACAACAACACAGACAAGAAGGAGGAUAAUAUUAAAUUUAGGGGAGUAAAAGGAGGAAAGGACCAUCACCAAUCUUUAAAACUUUCAGCGAAAUGUACCGAUUUUACGGCUAAAUUAAGAAAUGUUGAACAAAAUCUGAAACAACUCGAGGCCGAAAUUGAAAAUCGUCAAGAAGGAGAAACAACGGAUGAUGAAAAGAAAGAGCUAUCCAACAUUGAAAAGAAGGGAAGUACAACAACGGUAAAAGAUGUUUACGAUUUCGAGGAGAAUAGUGAAGACGACGACGACGACGAAGAAGAAGUAAUUGAAUGUGUAAGUGGUGGUGCUGCUAAACGAAAUGGUGAUAAGUCAACCUCCAACUUGUCUGCCACAACUACAGCUUCAUCAUAUAAGGUGCUUUCCAAACGUAAUAAAAAGUAUCAAUUGCUAAAGUCGAGUGUUAAUAUGUUAAGAGAGGCUUAUAAUGAAAUUAAGGAUACGGUAAGCGAAGAAACCCUGGAGAGUGGGAAAAAUUCACCACCACCCUUGGUCAAGCUGCAAGGCCAUAACGCAAAAAGUCCAAAUGCGGCAGCGACGUCGACCCACAGCAAUCGAUUACUGGAAACUCCCGACUCCUCAAGAACCUCAUGUGACGAAAUUGAUCUGGACACCGAUAGCAUAACCGACGAAGUUGAAAGCCUAAAUUCCCCUGUUAAUAGUUUAUCACAUAGUACGAUAAAACAUGAAGUCACCACCUCUUCGCUACACCCCAAUAAUUUGCUGGAAGAACAAUUAAAAGAAUACCAAGUACAGGUGGGCAAAUUGAAUGAGAAACUGCAACAAACCGAAUUAGAGGCCCACCAGACACUGGAAAUAAUGCAAAUCGAAUGCGAUGAUGUCAAAGAGAAAAUGUUAACUCUUAAUAAGACCAUAGAGGCUUUGAAAGAGGAUAAAAAAGCUUUGGAGCAAGUUAUCAAUGAGAAUAAAAAUAAUGUCCAUAAAUGUGACAACCUAACUGCGGCGACAACUUCAAAUUCGCAAGAUUUCUAUGAUGUCAUAGGCAGCAACCAAAGCAUAUUGCAUGGGUUGGUGGAAGAUGUGGUGGUUGUUGAAAACGAUAUGGCCGAUAUCAAUAUUAGUGCUCUGGAACGUGAAGAAGAAUUGAUUGCCUACAAAGAGCGUUUGGAGGAACAACAAAAGCAAAACAUUGAGUUGCGCAAUGAAAUUGCCACACUAAAGCUAAAAGCUGGUCGAAGCGCUGCUGUUGUUGCCACAACUUCAGAGCUUUUGCUAAAACGUUUUUUGCCCUGUGGUUUUGUUGUUUUAGCUAUUAUAGUAUAUUUUAUAUCAACAUAUUUUUAAGUAAUACGCGCUUUCUCUACAUAUUAUUAAAUAUUUUCGUUAUUAAAUCCUAAAUAGAAGAGCACUGACUUAUUUCAACAGCCGGCUAACGGUCGCCAGAUCCUAGAUUCCAGCUCCAAGCUCCCAGCUCCCGACUCCCUAUUUCCCUUCUCUAUAUCUAGUAUGAUCUAAACUCAAAUCGAAUGACUUUUACUGUCCUUUAACUGCUGUUCACCCCCUUUCUCCCGCCCAACUAUCUCCUCUUUCUCCUUCCAACCAAUACCGCACGAAUAUUUAGAAAUUUCGUUUGUCAUCGUCGUCCAAGUCGUCUAUUAAGGAAAUUUUCAGUUAUUAAUUACUAAUUAUUAUUAUUAUUAUUAUUAUCAUUUUGUUGUUAUUAGUUUGUCCUUUAAAAUUUUUACAUAUAUUUAUAUACACAACAAACACAUACAUAAAAGAAUAAUAUUUAAAACAAAAAACAAAUUGAAACGCAAUGAGAAUAUAUGGCAUAUAUUUAAAUAUAUUGAAUAAAUUUAACUAAAAAUAAAACAAACAAAAAUAUAGAGAAAAUUAUAUAUAAAGGAAAGGUAAUGAAUGAAAGUAAAAUAACAAAAACAAAAAAAUAAUGCAUGCUAUAAAAAUAAUUCAAAUCAUUUUUAUACAUUAUUAUUAUAUAUAUAUACAAUAUAAAUUUAAAAAAAAAUCCAAUCAACAGUAAAAAGAGCCAUUUAAAUAGAUUAACUAAUAACUCAUAGACACAAACCACAUAGAAACACACAUACAUCAUGAUAUUUAUAAUAUACCAUAAAAAAAACAAAAGGCCUGUAUGUAAAAUGAGAGUUUAACUUUUUCUAAA